AUGGCCUGCUACGACCUCUGCCGCCCCUGCGGACCCACCCCGCUGGCCAACAGCUGCAACGAGCCCUGUGUCAGGCAGUGUGAGGCCUCCCGCGUCGUCAUCCAGCCUCCCACCGUGCAGGUCACCCUGCCAGGACCCAUCCUCACCUCCCACCCCCAGAGCACCUUCGUCGGAUCCUCCGCAUCGGCUGCCGUGGGCAACGAACUCAGCGCCCAGGGAGUGCCCGUCUCCUCCGGUGGCUUUGGCUACGGCUUCGGCUACGGCUUGGGAGGCCUGGGUGGAUGCUAUGGCGGAAGAGGCUGCAACAUCUGCUAAGGACAUCACCCACAACCUCUGACACCAACCACUCGCACCAUGGAAUCCACGGCAUGGAUCAACAAUGCACCUCCAGGCUUUUCUGGCACAUGGGUUCACUGUCCAUGGCUCCUUCGCUCCAGGCACCAAGCAAGGAAGCAGGAAAGGGCCCGGUGUGGGAUACCUGGAAACAUGGACAACGUACCUCCUCCUAUUGUCCCACCUUCUUCUUCUAUCACCCUUUCUCCUAUGUCCACUACUCUCUCUCGAAAGUACCUUGGAUGACGAUCACCCUACCAGCAACUCAGACUGCCUCCCUUCCACUUGGCCAUCUUGCCUUUGCACUCUUUUUCCUCAAUAAAGUUCUCCUGCAACCAAA